UUGUUUUCACCGUCACAUUAUCAACAGUUUCAAUUUUUAGGCGCUCAGCUGGACGAAGUCAAAAAUAUUUUAGACAGAGAACUGCAAAACCAGUUGGAGAAACUGAAGACUUUGGUUGGCUCGGCGUACUACCGAUACCACGACAAUUUUCGAUUCGUUAUCCAGAAGUUGUGUUUUAUCGUGACGUUUGCUCAUUUUUUGAAAGAGGGCAGUCUUUUGAAUCGAAGGAAAGUUGCUGAAGUAUUAAAACGUAAGUUUGAUGAAACAAUAAUAGCAGUGAUUUUUGUCCUAGGCAUUGACGAGUCUGAUCCGCCGGCUGGCUUCGGCCUCGAUAUUGAGGAUUAUUUGUUUGGCGUGCUUCAACUUGCCAGCGAAUUGUCCAGAUUUUCAGUCAACGCUGUUAUUGCGGGCAAUAACAUGCUUCCGUUCAAGGUUUUGUUUUGCAAAUUACCGAUAGUUUUCACAUAUUUCUUGCGAAGUCGAUUAACCCUUGAUUCUGUACCACUCUGUAUUUCUUAUCUGUGA